UCUUCUGGUGUGCUUGCCAGCAUCUUGAAAGCCGAUGGCUCUAGUUGCGUGAGCGAUGAAGUCAUUGCGCAAAUUGACACUGCGGCUGUGGCCGGCGUCGUGGCGGCUACAGCGGCUGCCCCCGCAUCAGCAUCUGCACCCGUUGCUGCACCAGCGGCUCCUGUGGCAAGCAGUGCCGCCGCCUCGGGUGUAGCUAUGCCGGCUGCGGCCAAAUUGAUGGCGGACAACAAGCUCGCUACGGGUUCUGUGCCCGGCACCGGCAAAGAUGGCCGCAUCACCAAAGGCGAUGUGUUGCAAGCUGUGGCCAGUGGCGCAGCAAGUCCUGCGGCCACUAUGGUGCCUUUGCCUGCGGUGGCCAGUUUGCCCCUGGGUGAGCGCCCUGAAGAGCGCGUACCCAUGACCCGCUUGCGCGCCCGCAUUGCCGAGCGGCUGCUGCAAUCGCAGGCCAGCAAUGCCAUUCUGACCACCUUUAACGAGGUGAAUAUGGCGCCAGUGAUGGAUAUGCGCAAAAAAUUCCAAGAAAAAUUUGAAAAAGAGCAUGGCGUCAAACUUGGCUUUAUGAGCUUCUUUGUCAAAGCGGCCGUCCAUGCGCUGAAAAAAUACCCCGUACUCAAUGCCUCAGUAGAUGGCAACGACAUCAUCUACCACGGCUACUUUGACAUUGGCAUCGCCGUGGGCAGUCCACGCGGUUUGGUGGUCCCCAUUAUCCGCAAUGCCGACCAAAUGGGCUUUGCCGAUAUUGAAAAGAAAAUUGCCGAAUUCGGCCAAAAAGCCAAAGAUGGCAAACUCAGUCUCGAAGAAAUGACCGGCGGCACCUUCUCCAUCAGCAAUGGU